AUGACACCACCUAUAGUGCAAGACCACCAGGCCGACGACCGAACUAUUGCUCUAACAAAAGAAUUUAAGAAGAUGAAGCCACCCUUGUUCAAAGAAGGAAUUGAUCCAUUAAAGGACGAGGCUUGGGUGCAAAAAUAUAUGGAUGUAUUGGAUAAGGCCAUCAUAGCGGAAAGUAACCAAGCUAACCGAAAUCAGUACUCAGAUUGGAAGGGCAAAAGGCAAGGCUCCAAUGUGCACAAAGGGUCGGCGUCCUCAAAAAGUAAGAAGCAAAAUUUGGGAACUUCCAACACUUCGGGUUCUACCCGUGAUUCGGCACCAGCUUGCCUAGAGUGUGGAAAGAAGCACCGGGGGGUCUGUUAUCGAGCAUCAGGAGCUUGCUUUAAUUGUGGAAAGACGGGGCAUAUGGUGAGAGAUUGUCCUAUGUUUGGGCAAUGGGAAGGGAAUAGGCCAACUGCUAGUUCAGCCGGUUCCACUCCUGCAACAAAGACCCUGACAAGGCCUACUACUUCUAGAGACAAUGUUAGGCAAGGGAGAGUCUUCGCUCUUGUUCCGGGUGAUGUCCAAAAUUCAGACGCUGUGGUUAUGGAACCCUUGAAUUAUGUGUUGUGCGUGUCUCUCCCAUCCGGGGACUAUAUGUUAUGUGCUUCUAUAUAUCCUGCAUGUGAGCUUUUACUUGGAGAUAUCCCAUUAUGUACUAAUUUGAUGCCUCUUGAUAUGAUACACUUUGAUAUAAUUUUGGGAAUGGAUUGGUUAGCUAAGUAUUAUGCAACCAUCGAUUUUGUAUCUAAGCAAGUUGUGUUUCGCCCAUCGGGUCAAGAUGAGUUUACUUUUGUGGGACGUGGGGUGGUCCUUCCAUCAUAUUUGAUAUCGGCCAUGAAAGCUUGUAAACUAUUUCAGAAGGGUUGUAGGGGUUAUUUGUGUAGCAUUUUGCAUGCAGAGACAAUUGAGAUGGGUGUUGAAAAUAUUGAGAUUGUUAGUGAGUUUCUGGAUGUAUUUCCCGAAGAAUCGCCAAGGGACUUGAUAGAUUAUGAGAUUGAAUUUGUCAUUGAUAUUAUACCGGGUACUCAACCUAUUUCCAAGGCUCCGUAUAGAAUGUCUCCGGCAGAAAUGAAGGAAUUGAAAAUACAGUUGCAAGAACUACUUGACAAAGGGUUCAUCCAACCGAGUACAUCGCCGUGGGGCGCACCCUAUUUUGUUUGUGAAGAAGAAGGAUGA